AUGGUAGAAAUAGCAGGUAGAGAAAUCAACGGGAUCUCCUCCUUUGUGCUCACCGUGUUCUUCGCAAGGAGAGGGGGUGCAGGGCUGGUGAUGAGGUGUCCACAGAGCACCCCCAAAUCUCUCCCCAGCGCAGCCUAUGGGAAGAACAGCCUGGUUGCUGUGAAGGUCAAUGGCAGCUGUGGCUAUGGGCUGGUCCAGGGGAUUGGGAAGAACUACUUUAUGGCUCCUUACGAUGCUUGUGAUGUGCUGAAACAGAACAUUGACGGCCAUGUCCAUUACUCGCUGUCCGUUUCGUUCUCUGAUGUAAACGAGGUGACUCGCUUGAGGCAUAUGAAGUGCCGUGUCUUGACUAAGCGUGAGAUCCUCCCUCCUCCCUCUCUCCCUCCCCACCCUGCUGGUGUCUCGGUCUCCUGCAGUGAGGGGUGCAUGACGGUGCUGCUGCCUGCCGGUCCCCUCGAUCUGGUCAAAGUCAAGGAUGACUCCAAUAAUCUGGUUGGGGUGCAGUCUGCACCAAGUGCUUGUGGCUACACUCUAGAGGAGAAGGAUGGAAAGACCGUCUUCACAGUGUCUUACACGGCCCGCCCUGCCCCUCACCUGGGGGUGUUUCAGGUGCAGUUACAGAUUGCUAAAGAUGGGACCUUCUCCCAGUUCUACCCCUCCUCCAGCCUGCCCGUGAGUCUCCUCCUGGGAAGCAGAGUUUACCUUGAGCUGCGUCUGAUCAACCCCACUGACCCCAGCCUGGUUCUGCUGGUGCACUACUGCAUUGCUUACCCACGCUCCUCCAGUGCUGUGUGGGUGCUGCUGUACCAGGGUUGUCCAAAUGUCCUGGAUUACGGCAGCUCUGCGUCUCUGCACGUGGACGGCCAGCCCCCCCCACUCCAAAUUCAGACGACGCUUCAGUCUCCGAACAUUCCAGUUCCUGAGCAGUGGGCUAGCCCUGGACGAGGAGAUCUCCUUCAUGUGCUCCACUGAAGUCUGUUCUCCAGACCAGCGCCGCUGCAAUGAGGGUUGCUUUGAUGGGAGAGACACUCCCAUCUCAGUCGACCCCAAUAUGAGACUGCGCUGUGCUGGUAAUCCCUGCCCAGGGAGGGUGAUGCUGGAGGGAGCCUAGUGAAGGAGCUCAGAGCCCAGGCAGGUAACUCAGCCCUAAGACUACAGUAACCAUUUCAAAUAAAAAGAACCAUCCCA